AUGGCCUCUCCAGCGUCGCACACAGUCGAGGUAGUCAUCAUCGGCGCAGGCUGGUAUGGGCUUGUCGCCGCCCGGACUUAUAUUCGCCUGCGGCCAUCUACGAAUCUGCUCAUCGUUGACUCCGACAGCACGGUUGGAGGAGUAUGGAGCAAAGACCGGUUGUAUCCGAACCUGGUAGCCCAAGUUCGACUAGGCCUCUUCAAUUACUCGGAUACUCAAAUGCAACCGAAAGAUGGCAACCCCAAAGACCCCAUGGUAACCGGUGAUAUGAUACACAACUACCUGCACAAGUACGCUCAAGACCAUGACCUAUUGCGACGUAUAAGAUUCAACACGACUGUCUUGAACGCCCAGCAGCACUCAGGGGGCUGGCGCUUGUCCCUUGUGGACUCCGAGGUAAUCGAGACGGAGAAGCUCCUGGUGGCCACGGGUGUCACAUCUAUCCCACACACCCCCGAUCUAGACACGACGACGAGCUCCCCACCGAUAGUGCACUCGCGCGAUCUGGGUGCGUGUUACGAAGCCAUCACAGACGACUCCGUGAGGGAAGUCGUCGUCGUCGGCGCGGCCAAGUCAGCAUACGACGCUGUAUACCUGCUCCUGAAGAGGGGCAAGAAAGUAAGCUGGGCGAUACGUCGUGAGGGCGGUGGACCGCUUUGCGUCCUGCCGUUUCGUGUCCUGAACGUGCUGAACUCGAUUGCUUUCGCAUCAACGAGACUGAUGACGCACCUGAGCCCCUGUAUAUUAAACACACAUGGGCCGGCCUAUAGGCUGCUGCAGAAGACUCGCCUGGGCCGGUGGUGUGUCGGCAAAUUCUGGGAUUUCCUCGACUAUACGAGUAGUGUGCACGCGGGCUACGGAGACGGGGAUCAGGUGGCUAUGCUGAAACCCGAGAUCGAUCGGCAAAGUGUAUUCUGGGCGCAUUCGGGCUUGGGUGUGGUCACUCUGCCUGACUUCUGGUCGGUGUUGCAUAGUCCGAACUUGACUGUCCACCGAGACGUAGUCGAUAGCAUCAAAGGGCAACACGUGAAGUUUGGGUCUGGUAAAAGCGUCCAAGCUGACUACAUGGUUAUGUGCACUGGCUGGGGAGACCAUUUCUCCUUCUUCGACGCCGAGCACAAGGCCAUGUUGGGGCUGCCUGCUUACGACACGGAACCAUGCUCUCCGUCAACCCCGGAUGGAGUGGACUGGGAAGCCUACUAUCAGAUCGCCGAUAAGGUUGUUGACGAGAAGCUACCAUUCCUUGCGUCGCAGCCGAAGCUGAAGUACACUAAAGCACUCAACCCACAUCUUCAGAAGAGGUGGAACCUCUAUCGUCGUGUUAUCCCGCUUUCCAUGGCCGAGAAGGGCGACAGAUCCAUCGCGAUUCUCGGACAAAUCCAUACCGUUCAGACACCACUAGUCUCCGAAGUACAGUCCUUGUGGGCUAUCUUGUAUCUUCUAGGCGAGAUCAACUUACCCGACGUGAACAGUAUGGCCAAAGAGGUGUCCCUGUGGAAUACGUGGACUCGUAAGAGAUAUCUCAAUCAGGGACAAAAACAUACGUAUUCUCUUUAUGACUUUCUUCCGUAUAUCGAUAGUAUCUUUGCGGAUUUGAAGCUCAACAGCAGCCGCAAGUCGAACCCUCUAUCAGAAAUGUUCAGUCCGUACCAUCCGCAUGACUUCAAUGGCUUUGUGGACGAGUACCUAUCAAUGAGACAGGCAUGCAAGGAGGUGUCGACUUGA